UGAUAUAUCAAGGAAAUAAAAAAUAUCGUAGUAAGUACAAUUAACAUCUAUUCGACUUCUUCUGCAUCAUCGACUAAAUUAUUACUUGCAAUGAUUUGUUGACUACAGAUAAACAGAGCAGUAUUUGUUACUUGUAAACACAGGUUACUCCAUUCAUAUUGUUUGCAAUUUAAUCAGUCGAAUCAUGGAUGAUAUUUUUGGAAAAGAAGAUUCUGGGAAUGAAAGUGAUCAUAUUGAAGUUGAGGAGAAGGAAGAGAAGGAUAGUCCUAAAAAUUCUGGAAUCAAAGAUGUAGAAUCAAUGGAUACAGAAAAUGUGCAAGUCAAGAUAGAAUCUGAUGCGAUGAGUUCGCAGUCUCAAUCUGAUCCAGAGGAGAUUGGAUCUAAUCCAUUGUGUACAGUAGUGGAAGAUCAAUUGGAAGUGGUUAAAAAUGAAAACGAUAAUAGAGAAGAAGAACAAACGACAGAAGAUAUAUUCGAAAAUGAUAUAGUAUUACCUCAUGCGAUUCCAACGAACAUUAAGGAGAGGAGAGAGAGUAAAGAGAAAAGUAAAAAGGAAUUGGAAGAAGAGGAGAGAGAAAAAAUGCAAGUGUUAGUCUCCAAUUUUACAGAAGAUCAAUUAGACAGAUAUGAAAUGUACAGAAGAGCUGCAUUUCCAAAAGCAGCCAUAAAGAGGAUCAUGCAAACAAUAACCGGUUGUUCCGUGUCACAAAAUGUGGUCAUUGCUAUGUCUGGUAUCGCCAAAGUGUUUGUUGGAGAAAUAGUUGAAGAAGCUCUCGAUGUUAUGGAGGCCCACCAAGAAACAGGGCCGUUACAACCGAAACAUUUACGGGAAGCAGUUAGGAGAUUAAGACUUCAAGGACAAAUUCCAAAUGGUCGUGCGCAUAAAACAUUUUUCCGACUGUGAAUGCAAUAUGAUAGCUUCAAAUUUAUUUCAGUUCUCUAAUAAAUACCCUACAACUCUAGAAAUGUCCAAUAUAUAUUUUUAUAUUGAGUCAUGUAUUCAAGUAUUAAGACGUAUAUAAAAUGUAUCUUAAAAUAAGUAGAUAAUACAAUUAUAAAGAGUUAUUUCUGAUGUAUCGAUUAAGUUAUAAUGUAACGUUGUGUAUUUUAGUUGUAUGUAUAUAUAUUUAAAAGUCGAGAGACGCUGUAGCGUUCUGAAGGCACGUAUAAUUGAAUACAGCGUCAAAUAAAAUUAUCGUUUAUUUCAUAA